CAUGAGAAUCAAACGCAUUCCCCGCGGAAGGAUUCUUUUCAACCACCGCUCGUUGUCUGAAAACAUUGUGCGGGGCAUCGAGAAUGCCAUCAGCACGGACCCAGGGGUGUGGGAUAGGCCCGAGCUCGUGCUUGCGCCAGUUGACCGCCAUGACAUUGUCGGCGGCCAGGGAAGACGGAUCACGCCGGCCGAAUUCUUGGAAAGGGACCCGGCAGAGUUCGACUGGUACGCUGUCUGUGGUCAGCAUACCGUUGAGGCCAUGAAGAGAUUGGUCAGAAAGGACUCCCCGACAGUUAAAGUCUAUGGCCUCAACGCGUACUCUAAGGUGCGGGUCGUCUAUUUCGGAGAUGAUCAAGCACGAGGGUAUUUUAAUGUCUCCUGCUUCGACAACACACGAGAAAAUCGCUCCAUGAUGUUGUCAUUCGAGGACGCUGUCCGUGACAUCAGGCAAUGGUGGAUAGACAACAAUGGAAUCGAGGCCCCGAAAGCCAAGGUCAGCGAGAAGGAUGCGGUGGUCGUUGCACAUCAGAAGACGUGGCAGAACUUCUUGAGGGCCUGCAUGGGGAAGGCAUGCAACAAGGCGUUUGUAAAGCAAGCUCUCGAGAAUGAGUACAGUAAGGAUUGGAGUAAUAAACUCCAGGGCUACAUGAACCUCGCCACAUCCAGUGACGCAGUGUGGCCGCUGGUCGAGAGGUUCUUCGAGAUGUUCAACGAAGAAAAGCUGCCAGUUGGCGAUGGCAAGAUCCCGCUUGACAUGCCCAAGAGGAUGGAAGGCCGCCUGCCAGGCCCGUACACCGACGAGACCAAGGGACAAAGAACAUUGUACCAUUGCAUAUAUGCAACAGAUGGUCCCAAAGGCUCCACCGUGUCGUGGAAGGAUCUCUGUCCUUCCUACUUCAAAAAUUUUGGGGAUUUGACAUGUCGUGAGAGGGAGGUUGCGUUGCUCCUGCUCAUGAAGGGGAAGGUGGUCGCAACGAACGUCAAGGUCUUGCCUCCAAGAGCGAACACAGAGUGCCUCCUCGACAUCAUGCGAAAGGAGCGGUACAUGGUGCGUAUGUUCAAUUAUGUUCUGUUCCGCGCCGAGGGAAGGGCGGACGACGAAUGGAAUAACGCGUUCUUCAUGUCGUACAAGGACCUUGAAGACAGGUAUGGGCCAAACGGUCUGUGCGCUGCUGAAUGGGAGAAGGAACGGGACAAGUUACAUGUCAAUAAGGUGAAGAUGGUCCCUCCACGACUUGUAGGAGUGGAGGAGGCAAGGCAAGGUGCGGGCUUGGGGCCUACGACGACAAUGUAUAAGGAGGCUCCGUUUCACCUUAAGGUCUUCAUAUACACUGCAAUCGAUAAGCUCGAUUUGCUUCGCGCCGAGGUGAAACGGAUCACCUCCAGCGCGCGUCAUAUUGUGUGGGACAAGCUUGGCAAACAAACGACGUUGCUACCUGUGUGCAUGCCAUCGAAGGAAGUGUUGGCAGCGCCAGACGACAUCGUCACUGCAACACAAAAAAUGACAUGCAGGGCCCCCAUCGUGGACCUCCCAUCCUCGAACUUCAGCACGGCGUGGACCUCUCACGAAUUUGAUGCCUUGCACACAUUGAUGACCAAGUGUUGUGGCCAGAAUUGGGUGUUUUUCUUCUUUGCGCCGCAGAAGGUGCAAAGCGAUGUUCAGCGUCACUUGUUCCGCUGGGAGGACGUCGAAGUCAUCCCCGGGACCUGGAAACGGGUGGACAUGCCACCGAACGACAUCACACGAUAUGGCAAUAUGGCUACAACGAGUCGAGAUAUGAUGACCAUUGUCCUGCACGCCGAGGGAGGGGAUCUGAAAAAAGUAACUGUCAAACCCCGACUCUACAACGACCUCACAACCGUGCACGUUGUGGAGGAGAAGUUCGGGAAGUGUCAAGGAAAACAUGGUGGGAUAGAGGGCAAUGAUAGUGCGGUGUAUUCCAUCUGGGAGCGAGAACCUGGAAAGUUACGUUCGUUGUGUGGGUCAUUUGUCGGAGACGCGGAAGGUGUGCUUUUGUUCGGUAGAGCGCACGCAGGUCUUGUGUGGGAGUUAUUACUGGCAGGUAAUAAUGUCAUUGCCUGCGACGAGUCGGCCAAGGACAUUGCAUAUCUGACAAAGUUCGUCGAUAUACUUGUGAAGGAUGAGAGAUUCGACUGUCAUGUCGAGAAGCCACGUUGCAAACAUUGUAGCAACAGGGACAUGUUCCACAAGUUGGGACGCAAGAGACUGAAGGUGUGGGAAUACCUGUUCCGCGAUGCGUCGCAAGGACGGCUUGACGGGAAUUACAUCUACAGGAAAGCAAAGGCGACAGAGACCCUGCAACAUUACCACGGUGCUCUUACUGGCGUCUUUGAGACUUUUGUUGCUCGAUGCGAGAUCCUGAAGUUCGAUCUUCAUAAAGACCAGCUGACGUCCAAGGACUACGCUGACCUCGCGAAAUCGGGUAACGGCUUUAACCCCGUCGACAGCGAGGAAAACUCUUCGGAGUCCGACCUCGAAUUGGACAAGGACAAGGGUGGUGAAGGUCCGACCGGUGGCAUGGUGCGGUCACACGAUGAAUGGACCGUUCGCUCGCAUGAAAGAUCCGUACCGGUGGCCGCCCACAGUGUUGGCUCGAUGGUGGCCCCCAUGGAGGGCACCGGUUUUCCAAACAUGGGAAUAUGUGGUCCCAAUGAUGAAGAUGACAUUGAUAUGCUAGGCGAGGCGUCGAAGCUCGUAUCAGGCGAUCCAAUUCCUCCCGGCUAUUGUGCCGAUCCGACCACAAUUUAUUGUAGUAAUGCUCAUUGCAUUCUAUUUGUUGUCAUGUUCGCCGGAUGUCAAAGGACACUUGGUUGAAAACGACGGAACUCGCGAUUAUGUAUCGCGUGCAAAAGGAGAAUCCGGGGCAGAGCGAGG